UCGUCAGCUCUCCAUCCAAGCCUGCAGUGGCUUCUCUCGGUCGGUGAGUUUACGAGAAUCCUUUUUUUAUCUUGGACCCAGUGUCGGAAAACAUGUCCUGGCAAACUUACGUGGAGACCCUGAUGGCAGAAGGCAACUGCCAGGAUGCGGCCAUUGUUGGGUUCGGCGACGCCAAGUACGUCUGGGCGUCAUUAAGCGGCGGCACGUUCGCUAACAUCACAGCCGCUGAAAUCGACGCGAUGGUGGCAAAGGAACGUGACGCUUUCUUCACCCAGGGGCUGACAUUAGGUAAUAAAAAAUGCUCAGUACUCAGGGAUAGCCUCAAUGUGGACGGCGAUUGGACAAUGGACUUUCGGACCAAGAAUUCAGACGGAGGCCCUACGUACAACAUUUCUGUAGCCAGAACUGACAAAGUAUUGGUUUUGCUCAUGGGGAAAGCGAGUAUCCACGGAGGCGUGCUCAACAAGCAAGCGUAUGGGAUGGCUGACUACCUGAGGAGGUCUGGAUACUAAAGCGGCCUGCUCCCGACCUGCCUGUCAAGCAAUUCAUGUCCUAGUUGCAAGUUAUUCUCUUCUUCCUCCUCUGUAGCCAAAACGAUGUUAUCACAAAGGAAGUCACCUGCCAAAUGAAAGCCGACAUUUUUCUUCUGUGCCCUUUGACAUGCCAAGUCCCGCCAUGUAAACAUUACCUUGGAGAACGACUGUUUUUUUU